GAAGCUAAUUCUUAAAAUAAACAAAAAUAGCAAUCAAGAAACAUUGCAAAAAGUGUUCAAUACGUGUUCAAUUAACAAUAUAACUUGGAAUUUCGCUAUGUAGCGUUGUGCAUAUUGUCCCCAAUGCACAAUGGCGUCAUAAUUUCGACUUUGUUGUCAGCGCAGCUAAAUCGUAAACAUCAAAAUAGAACUGGGUGAACUGAAACGCAUAUAUACAUAUUAAGCUAAUAAAGUGCAGCUGGUGCUGCCUAUUAUGUGGACUUGCAAAACAUAACAUACAAUGGAUCCGCAGAAGAUUACCGAACUGGCCAAUUUGCUGCGAAAGAAUGGCGACAAGAUAUUAAGCUCUGAGUUUACCUUUACCUUAUCAGGCUCAUUGCUGCGCGCUCUAAAUGAUUCCUUUACACUGAUUGCGGACAGUGACAUUGGAGUUUGUAUGCCUCAGCAGCAGCAGCAACAGGCUUUCCAGGUGGUCAAGCCCAUCAAUGCCAAGUCGAGCGUGUUUCCCGAUCUGCAGCUGCUGCAUGAUUUUGUGCAAAAAACUACGCUUCUAAAGCUAAACUAUUUUCCUAGCGAGCACUACUUUGAGGGCGCCAUAGACAUUAACAAGUUUCGCGCUCUGCGUCGUCUCGAGGUGCACAAAAUCAACAUUUGCCAGGUAGUCGGCAUCCAGGCGCUGCGCUCCCAGCUGCAGCAACUCAUUUGCAUCAAGAGUCUGCGUAAUGUAGAGGACAUCAUUACACGCUGCGGCGGCGACAACUCGAAUGGCUUUGUCUGGAACGAGCUGCAGUUGGCAGACUUCAGCUAUAACAGUCUACGGAGCGUGGAUACGGCACUGGAGUUUGCCCAGCACUUGCAGCAUCUUAAUCUGCGCCACAAUAAGCUGGUCAGUGUGCUGGCCAUCAAGUGGCUCCCGCAUCUAAAGACACUCGAUUUAAGCUACAAUUGUCUGACGCACUUGCCGCAGUUCCAUGCCGAGACCUGCAAGCGCCUGCAGUUACUCAACAUAAGCAACAACUAUGUGGAGGAACUGCUCGAUGUGCAUAAGCUGGAUGCUUUGACCAAUCUGGAUCUCUCCGACAAUUGUCUGCUGGAUCACUCGCAGCUACUGCCACUCAGUCGUCUAAUGACGCUCGCCCAACUGAAUCUGCAAGGCAAUCCGCUGGCUUGUCAUCCCAAGCAUCGCCUAGCGACGGCGCAGUAUCUGCAUAAGAACACUGCGACAGUGAAGUUUGUGCUGGACUUUGAGCCGCUUGCCAAGGCGGAAAAGAUGAUCACUGGCAGUCAACACAUGCGCUUUGUAGCCAGUCAUCAUCGCCUCAACAGCAGUCACAUGUCCAUCAAUAGCUCUCGUAUGUCUACAGGCACGCCUGCCUCUAGCGUGGGCUCGCAACGUUCACUCUCAGUGCGUGGCAGAGAUUCAUCAUCGGAAACGGAGCAAGUGGCGAGUGAAAUGCUAAGCAGCAAACUGAAAACCAAAAGAAAACAGCGCACUGUGGAGUUCUCUGAGCAGGGCGAGGACACGAGCAACCACGCAUCGAGGAGGCUACUAUGACCAGCUACUGACAGCAGCAGCAGUCAUCUGGAGACCAAAAAACAAAUUGAAACACUGCGCCGCAAGUAUGGCACCGAGUGGCUGCAGUCAGCUAAUGCGGAACUGAAGCUGGACUCUCAGCCAAGCGAACAGCAAUGCAACGAUGCACGUCAGCAGUUCAACGAAUAUCUGGGCGAGUUCUCUGCCUCAGCAGAGCCAAAAGAAGCGCCGAGGGAAACGCCAGCCGAGACGCUCAACAUAAGCUCCACACCCACGAACAAUGGCUUUAGGUUAAGAGACUUUGACAGCACACUGACGCCCAUCAAAAUUGAAGCCACUCCAAUGCAGCUUAACGAAACACAGCAAACUGUAUACGAGUCCUGUGACAACAGCACUGAGACACAAUAUGAAAGCAUAAAUAACACGCUGCAGCAGCAGCAGCAACCAGAGUCAGCUGAGGAGCUGGACAAGCAUAAGGAGGUGCUCAAUUCCUAUGCGGCAGCUAACUGGGAGGAGGAGCAAGCGCCAGUCUCUGAUGAGGAGCCGGAUGAAAAGUUCUAUAUUGUUUGUGAGGUGCAGAAGGCCAGCGAGCCUUUGUUCUUAACCAUAUCAAACAACUAUAUGCGUGAAAAGGAUGCGCUCAGCGAGCGCACCAAAACAAAAUGGAGCCUUAAGGUGCUGGAGUCCUGCGAACGCAUAAAGGCGAAUACCUUGCGCAUUAACUUUGAUACCAUACAAAAGGAUAAGCAAGAGCGCAUCUACUGCAUAGAGAAUGAAUUGUGUCAAGAACUCGAAAAGAAGCUGCGCGAUAUACUCUCGCAGCGUGAUCUCAAUGAAAUGAACAUCACCAUCUACAAUUGCGUAAGCUGCGGCUUCAAGUUCUCCAGGGAAAGCAAAAAGACAAGCUAUAAAAGCACAGAGCCUAGUUGUCCCAAUUGUCGCAGCGUAUUUGUAGCCGAGGUGAAUGAUGUAUCUGGCUCGCUGGAUAAGCCUAAAGAGCCUAAGCUGUCGCCAGCUUUAAUCGUAGAGGAGUCACCUGUGGACACACCGCUGGUGUUGCAAAGCAAGGAGGAUAAUCAGAGCAUUGUGGCCAACUGCAAGCUCAUCGCUAAUAACACACCCAAGCGUAGGAGUUUGCUGCAAAACAUCAAAAGCUCAGCCAACUCGUUGAAUGAGAGCAGCUCCUGCUCCAAGAUAACCAAUUCGCAGUGCAGCUUCGACUCCAAUCAGUCCGUCGUAGGCAGCUCCAAUACCGAACGCGAUCUAGAGUUUCGUGCCAACGAGAGCGACGUGGACAUCAUAUCCAAUCCGAGCCAAUCCAGCAUUGAAGUGCUGGAUCCCAAUGUUGUGCAAAGCGCCAGUCGCAAAACCUCCGAAGAGCGACGCAUCUCACAGGUGCCCAAUCUGCAAACCAUCGAUGAUCAGAGCCAAGCGCAAAGCUUUAUUGAACGCGAGUUUGGUCAGCUGUUGGCGGAGCAGGCAGCUGCCAACAAAGCGACAACAGCAACAGUUGCCGCUGUGGCGGAGACAGCAACAGCAGCCAAGAGUAAGUCCUUGGCACAGGUGCAGCUAACUGAGAGCAGCUCCAGCGGUUCAGUAACCGACAGCAUUUGCACCACCUACGAGCAGCAAGGCAAGCAGCCAGCGCAGGACGCAGCUGAGGCAAUGGUGACAUCCAAUGGCAGCAGCAACAACAGCCUCAUGCAUAACAAUAAUAACACUAUUGAAAUAGCAGAGCCCACUGAGCACUUGAUGAAAGCCGAAGAUGCAGGACUGUCUUCCAUGUUUGGAGCGCUUUUCCAAUCCACCAACAUGCUCAUGUCCAGCUCGAAGAAGCUCAUUGAAGCGGAAUCACAGUCUGCUGGCAUGCAACCCUAUAAGUUCAACUACAGCGACUUUAAUGACAUUGAUCAUCGCCUUAAACUGUAUUUCUAUCAAAGCAAAUUCAAGGAAGCUGGCGAGCACUUUAAGUGGCUGGCGAGGGGUCGCGUCUACAAUGAACAAACACAAACAUUGCGCGACGGUUUGAUUGUUAUAUCCAACUGCAAGUUUUAUCUUAUGGAGGCGUUUGCACCAACGCAGGAUGAUGUGUCCAAGUGGUUGCGUCAGGUCGUCAGCGUAACUGUGGAUCGCUUGAGCUGCAUACAGCUGCUGCCCUGGAAGCUCGGCUUGUCGUUCACGCUGCGUGAUUGGGGCGGCUUUAUGCUGCUGCUGCAGGAUAUGCUGCGCACACAGAGUUUGCUCUUGUACCUAAAUGAACAUCCAUUGCCCGAGGAGUGUGAGCUAGUACAACAGCCGGCGCCAGAAAUGCGCGACUAUCUCGCUUCGCUGCUGGAGGAACCACUAAAGGUGUGCACUUUGCUCACUAGCGGCCAAUGUUGUAGCACCGUGGAUAAACAUAGCUUUGAACUCUGCAUGCUGUUGACAACCGAUGAACAUUUGUAUAUUGCCGCUAGUGGCAAGUUUAAUUGGCUAACAGAUGGCAAGACGGAGCCAAUGGAACUCACGUUUAGCCAGCCCAUGAGCAAUUUGGUUGUAGUGGAGCGUUUUAACGACUGCUUGCUUACCUUUAACUUUCUCGAUGAAACCGAUAACCGUUGUGAUUCAUGGCAAUUGCAAUUCGAAACUGCAGCCAAUGCCGAGUGCUGUCUAAAUGCCAUAGGACAGUCCUGGGAGCAGCUAUUCGGCGUGCCAUUGAGCUAUACGGGCACGUAGUAUUCAUUUGUAAUCCAGGGUCCAAUUAUUACUGUCUCAUAUCAUGUGCAACUUUGAAAUUGAAUUGCGAGCAUAUUUAUCAAAUUAAUUCUAUGCAGACUAUAUUAAUGACUAGCUUUAUCAACUGCACAUUACACAUUGUAUAUAUGUAUGUACUUAUAUUAAAUUGUCGUAGUUUUAGCUAAAGAUAACAAUCGUGGACAAUAGUAUAUACGUAUAUAUAGAUAUGGUGCUGAUAUAUAAACUGUAUGUGUAAUAUAUAUAUUUAAAGCAAUAAAUUAACUAACAAUUUUAUACAUAGACAAGCUGCCAAUGAUAUGGCCCAACGUUCAUAUAAUAUAUUGUAAUAUAAUACUAUAAAUUGUGUUGAAAGGUUGUAAUGUUUUAAUGCAUUAAGCUUAACAAAGAUGUAUUGCUCCAUGACAAGUAUGAUAGAAUUAAUAAGAUUUUGUUAUUAAAGUUUUGAAGUAUAUGCUGA